UGGCUAGAUAGUGAAUAAACAAUAAAUAAACCAUAAAGUUUUACAAAUGUGUGAAAUGGAAGUCGAUGGAGCUUCGAGCGCUUCCAACGAUUCGAAUAACGGUAGUUACCACGGCAUGAAUUAUUAUUCGGAGAACUUAUUUUUCGCUACGAACGGAAAGUUGGACAAUUAUUUCGCUAGUGAUAAAGUUUCGAAAAAAGACAAAAAAGUGGAUUAUUACAGUAAGAAAGAGGAUUAUUGCAUAAACAAUAAUAACAAUAAUGUUAGUAGUAAGUUGGGGAAAAGUGACAUAAGUAAGCGAGGGUUAAUUUUUAACGACAGUUACGCAAAGAAGGACGAUUGUUUUGAUGUGAGGAAAAAUCAGUUGGAUUAUUAUAAUAACAAGAAGAAUUUGGAUAAUGUUAUUCAUUUGCAUAAUGUGGAUUCUUUUGGCAAAAAGGCUGUUAGUUUCUCUCCUGAUCAGGUUCAAUGCAUGUGCGAGGCCCUCCACCAAAGAGGCGACAUCGAACGUCUGGCCGCUUUUCUGUGGUCCCUUCCGCCGUCGGAACUUCUUCGCGGCAACGAGAGCAUCCUUCGCGCCAGAUCAGCCGUCGCCUUCCACAGAGGUUCCUACCACGAGCUCUACUCCAUUCUGGAGUCGCACUCCUUUCACCCCCGCUGGCACGGCGAGCUGCAGACGCUUUGGUUCAAGGCUCAUUACAAAGAGGCCGAGAAGGUUCGAGGAAGACCACUAGGUGCCGUCGACAAAUACCGUCUACGCAAAAAGUACCCCCUGCCAAAAACAAUAUGGGACGGCGAAGAGACAGUGUACUGCUUCAAGGAGCGCAGCAGAAACGCCCUGAAGGAGUGCUACGCGCGAAACAGGUAUCCAACCCCGGACGAGAAGAGGGCCCUGGCUAAAAGAACGGGAUUAACCCUCACGCAAGUAUCGAACUGGUUUAAGAACAGACGACAAAGGGACAGGACGCCCCAAUCAAGACCUGAACUAUUGAUUGGGAAUAUGUCUCUGGGUCAAAGCAACAUGAUGGCGAGUCACCAAGGAAGCAUAGACAUGGCAGCCUUUCAAGCUGCUUCGAAACUAUUCGACCCCAAUUGUGGAGUAACUUCGUGUUAUUCAGACUACCAAGUUCCCUAAUUUUAAGAACAAUAAUCGUACUAUGUAUUUGAGCUUUAAUGUUGGUUGGAUGGUUAGACGGUUUGUCCAAAAAAUUAAUUUAAAAGAUUCCACUUUUAUUAAAGAAAUUUGUAUAACUCAAAGUACUCAUUUUCAAUGCUAGCAACUCAUUAAAUAAAAGUUGGGGUCUUCCAAGGUUUUUUUUUGGUGCACCGUGAAAGAAGAAAAAGUACUAUGAAAAAUAAAUGUAUUUUAUUUUGUAAAUUUUGUAUAUAUUGUAUAAAAC